AAACGUAAAGCGUCAAGAUGGCGGAUAGUGCUAACCCUGAACAAAUUUAUUUUUUUUACCCAUUUUAUUAAAGCUUCAGAUAUGGAUAAAGUAGUGAAACUGGAGGAUGUGGAAGCGUUUACAAAUAACUCUCAUGAUGGCAGCAUGGGUUCAAGGUCAACUAGCAAUGAGGAGUUCAGGAAAACUGAUCUAAGUGUUAUGGAAGUUGAAGUUGUUUCACCUAAUAGUAAUACACCCAAUCAUGAAGGUGAGGAAGUAGACCUCAUUGAAUCAGAAAAAGAAGUUGAAGAUCAGUUGUUUGCCUUACCAGAGAAUUGGCUAAAUAAGCAGAUAAGACCGCGUAGCUGUGAACUUGUUAAUAUUUGGACUCCAUGCUUAAGGAAAGCUGUAUCCCAUAUAAAGUUAUUACAAAAAGUAAUAGAUGAAUGGUUAAAGCAGAAAGAUGUUCAAGUUUCCAAGCAAAAAACUGAUAAAAAAACAAAAAAAGGUAACGUUGGAAGGAGGCAGUUAAAAUUUGUUCCAGCAUCAGAUGAAACAUUAAGUGACCAAUCAGAUGCAUUUAAACAAGUUUCUGCUGAUUUAGCUAUUUUGGGAAUGAGCAGCCACAUAACUGAAGAAGCAGAAAAAAUUGACUCUGACAUCAGCGCUCCUUUUCUUGAUGCAGAAGGGGUUUUUAAUGAAGUCCUUACACUUUUAGCAAACCUUGAAAAUGAUAGACGAGAGACUUUUGAAGCUUACAUUAAAGAAGUUGCAAGAACUGAAAUGCUACAAAAGAAAAUUGAUGAUCUUCAGUUACGAUGGGUUAAGGAAUUACCUGCCCUUGUUCAAAGAGAACAUGAAACUUGUAUAAUGGACAUAAGUGAGUUACAGUGGCACUAUACCUACAGUGAACGCAAUAAAGAGAAAGUUCAACGCAGAUUUGCUACUGCAGAAAAAAUAAACAUUUAUUUAAAGGAGGACAUUACGUUUAUUCAACAGCAUGUACCCUUGGUGCAAGAAAAGUUGGUCUUAGAAGUUGAAGCUAUGGACAAAAUAAGGAAAGCUCAAGGGGAUACAGAUCAGGAAUUGGUGAUGACCAAACAAAGACUGGCAAAGACUGACAUGAAAUAUACAGAAGCUAUAACCAAGGCUGAAACAGAAAGAGGGUUUAUAAAAAAAGAGCUAGACAGGGUCAGGGAUGAUCUGGCUAACAUUAGUCAAGAACUAUCUGAGGCCAAGUUGAAUUUCAAUGCAUAUGUGCAUCAAAUAAAUGACAUCAAUAGUCGAUUAAUUGAUAAUGAGCAAGAAAUGAAAGUGCUCCAAGUCAAAAAUGAAAAUGCAAAAAUAGCAGAGGGAAUGCAAGCCACAAAGGUUCAAAAUUUGCAAUCAAAGAUAACUCAAGCUGUGUUUGAGCACAGAAGACUUGAAAAUGAAAAUGACCAGCUGGAACAAGAUCUGAAAACAACUAAAAAUAACAAUAAGCACAAAAUAGAAAACCUUGAACGCCAAGUGCAGUCAGUGGAAACAAAACGUAGAGAGCUCACACACAAAAAUCAAGAAGUCACCAUGGAUAUUGAUGAUUGUGAAGAGAAAAUAAAUAAAUGUAUCCAGCACAAAGUAGCUUCGGAAAAGAAUAUUGUGAGAAUCAACAAAGAAAUUGAACGAUGCAGCACCAUGUUGCAGCAGACUUUGGAGAGCUACAAUGUUAAUGCCUCUUUAAAUCAUCACCUGCAUGGAAAACUUCAUAUAGAAAAAGAACAGGCCUCUCAGGCUGAGUAUAAAUUAAAGAACACUCUUGAAGCAUUGAGAAAACAAGUGAAAGAUGAGAUGCACACUAAGACAGUACUGCAAGCUCGUAUCACUACAGAAGGUGGGGAAAUUGAAAAGACAAAAUUGGAAUCUGCCAAAAAGAGAGAAAAAGCACAAAAUGUGGCAGAUGAAGUGCAUAGAGCUGUUAGUGCAGUAUUAGAGAAAGUAGAAAAACUUCGGUCUGCCAAGGAAGAAAGGACAAAACAAAAAGUUAGCUUACAGAAAAAAUUGGAAGAGACUGAAAGUAAUUUUAAAGAAAACAGUGAAAAACUAAAUAAACAAUUAGCAGUUUUACAGCCACGCCACCAAGCCCUCAAGAGUCAGCUUAAAGCAUUAAAUGAUGAGAUUAAUCAAAUGGAAUACAAGUCUUCAAUGAUGAACAAACAAAUUGAAGAGAUGGAUUCAGCCCAGAAAAUGAUGGAGAAAUCAGUGAAAACAUCAGAAGAAGCAAUAACAACACUUACGGCUGAGCUGGAUGAACUAAACGUCCAAGUUGAAGCAGGUAGACUUCUAAAGGAGGAUCUCCAGAACCAAUAUGAUAAGUCUUUAGAGAGAUUACAAAGAAGUGACAAAUCACACCAAACUCUGAUGAGAGAACGAGAAAAUGUGUUCAGAAAACACCAGUCUGAAAAAGAGCAUCUGAAGAAAAAAAACAAUGAGUUGGCAUCCAGGUAUAGACAGUUACAAAAUGAAUUUCUGAUGGCAAAAGAUGAAAUGUUGAAAAGUUUUGAUGACAAGGUGAAAAUUGAAUCCACUAUCAAUGAUGUCAAGCAGUUGAUGUCAAUACAAUCUAAACUUCAUGGUGCCCUGCGCAUCUACAUUAAACUAAGUGGUCUGUACAAUGAAGCUGAGCUGGCCAAACUUCAUCAGGAGUCCAGCAACAAUUCUGUUCGUGUCUCAGAGCUUCAGGACAACAUGGAAAAAGCUUUAGAAGAAAUCACCCAGUUCCUAAGUUCUCAAAGAGAUGGCCAGAGACCUAGUCUAGCUAGAAAGGAGACAGCCUUAGAUGUUAAAGCGAGUCAAGUGCAGGGUCAUGCUGUGAGCUUACCCCAAAUCUCAGAAUCAAUAGUAGUGAAACCAACAUUUACCAGCACUGGACAAUAUCAUCAAGCAACAACGGCAGUUCUUUAGUCAUGGCAAAAGUGCAUGUAAUCAUGUUCUUAAUAUCAUUUUACAUACAAAUAUGUAGAAUAAAUCAUAAAUCAAUAAUUGAGAGAUUGUCCUGUUAAUAAGUUUAGUAUAUAACUAUUGAAAGAGUUGUAUAAAGACAUUAUUUAGUGUUAAUUUGAUGAUAUAUUUUUGAUAACCUAACCACCAUUCUAUUUUAAAUAAACUUUUUUUCCCAUUCAAA